CGUGCGGCUGGCUUGAACCAACAGACCCAUCAGUCGCUUAUGCACCGCCGUUCGAUCGCGAUCGUUUGUUUGAACCUCUACCUUCGCGAGGGAUCCACCUAUUCCACCCACGAGCACGCGUUUCACGACUUGUUAUCAACGUCAACAUAUCGAAAGUUCGUGUGCGUGCGUCCGUUGCUGUUGGCCGGUGAGUCCGGUUUGCGCGCGUCCCUUUCCAGCGGUAGAGAAAAAAGGUGUUAACGAUGUGACGCGGAAAGCGACCGUUCGGUAAUUUAGAGCUGCAGUAGCAUAUGUGUGCAUAUGGAAGUCGACCGUUAAUGGGUUCAACAACAAAUGACACCAUCAGAAUGCAUGUUUCCACCGUUUCAAAUGCAUUGAAAGGGUUGGCCGGAAUUGUGGCGCAGGUUGACGAGGACAGCUUUCCAAUGCGUGGUACGGUAGUGUUGCAAGCAUAUGUGAGUUGUGAUGAUUGUUUCAAGCGAUAUGCUAAUGUUUAGGUUUUCGUUUUGAAUCUGACGAAGCCUCCUCUAGCAACAAUUUCAAUUUACGUGUCAGUUCUAAUGCAACCGUGGAAUUCUAUGCGAGAAAAGUAGUUUACCAUGUGACUGAUAUCGAAGGUAGUAACACUGGUUUACAAUGUUAUUAACACAUGUGUGUCAUUAAUAAAAAAGAAAUGAUUUGUAAAAUGUCAUGAGAAGAUAAUCGUGCGAGAGUAUUAACAUGUGAUCCGUUUCGUGGAACAAAUUUAACGCGUGGGUGAGAGCUCAAAAGUUGAAAAAAGGAGUGCAAGCUAAGUGCGUUGAAUUGCUGUUCGAAAGUCUCGAAGUGUAUUGGUUCUUGGUGGGUGGAGGCGUAGAUUGAUGAUUGCCUUCCCGAAGAAGGAAACAUGGCCUGCACGGACGGGUAUCCGCAGCGGCGUAGAGGGAACCGGUUCCCGUGCAACAGCAGACCACCUCAGCGCCUUACGGCUUCGCCAUCGCUCUCGCCGUCAUCAUCGGUAUCAUCUGUUGGAGCUGAGCGGAGACAAGCUGCUAGUGUCAUCGCCAGAAUGGGGCAUCAAUCAAGAUUUCACAUCAUCAUAAGUCUAGUCCUAUUGCAGUCGAUCGGCUCAUCCUGCGGAGCUGAGUUCAUGACAGCAGGAAUUGCCGGCGGAGGCCCGCGUAUUUCGAUCAACACCCCUCAGAAGGACCAAAGCUUUGCCUCGUUUCCCAGCACCGAGUCUACAGUACUUAGGAUAGUUCCCACCGAAAUUGUAGUCAUCAAUAACAACACUAGUGAUAGUAGCAUUAGCAGUAGUAGCACAUCUAACCAAAGAACCACAAGUCCCCAAACCAUUAACCAAGUCAACGCCAGAGAAGCAUUCGGAGUGACGUGGAGUACGUUGAAAUACGUAAACAAAGCAGGAUAUGGUAAGAAAAGAAUCGACAAGAAAUCCUCUCAAGUUACCCAAGCGGUAGAUUUGGGCGACUGGCAUUGCCCAAAUAUAACACAAAACAUAAACCUGGAAUGCGGAUGUGAUAUGCCUCACACAUUACGAUGCCGAGGAGACCUGCACGGGUUGGAGCUGAUUGCCGAUGGUUUGAAAGCUUCCCCUUAUUCAGUCUCACUAUUGGACUGCACACUGAAGAACGUCACGGUAAUAAGCGACGCAAACAUUUUUGAAGGCGUCUCAUUACAAGGUCUAGUAAUAUCUUCCGGUGAGAUCAAACGAGUGAACCGACUGGCCUUUGCUGGGAUUAAGACUCCAUUACAAGCAUUAGGGUUACCAAACAACGCCUUGACUGUUGUCCCGAUGCAGUCACUUGCGUCUUUGCCUCAACUGGAUCGCCUAGACCUUUCGAACAAUAAGAUCAAGUCUAUACAAAGUACAGAUUUCAUUUCAAUUCCAAAGCUAUCGUACUUGGAAAUGAGUGAAAAUCAAAUUUCAUCGCUCGCUCCGAAAAGCUUCAUGUCAGUUCGAAACUUGAUCCACCUCAAGCUAAACGGCAACCGACUCGGUGAAUCACCAGAAACUAUGAAAGCUUUGGAGUCCUGCUUUAACCUCAGAGAGCUCGAUCUUAGAUCCAACACUAUUAGAGGCCCACUGAAAAACACCACCCUCCCGAUCAUCAAGGGCCUCGAAAUCCUGAACCUUGACAAAAACUCAAUCACCAGCAUACAAAACGGCGCUCUGGAAGGACUGGCGUAUCUCCAGAUGCUUUCCAUUCGCCACAACCAGAUUGACGUCCUUCAAGACCACGCCUUCUCCGGUUUGGCAUCGCUCCAAGUCUUGGAUUUAGGCCACAACGGCAUUGUUGCCAUAUCCGGAUCGUCUUUGAAACACCUUCCUCGGCUAAUCGUUCUCGAUCUCACGCACAACUUCCUCCGAGCGCUGACCUCGGACAUCGUAGCACCCUUACCAUCGCUCAAAGAACUCCGUCUCGAUGGAAACGAUAUCUCCAUCAUCGCCCAAAACGCCCUAUACAACGCAUCUUCCCUACACAGCCUGUCGCUUGAGAACAACCCUCUGGCGUGCGAUUGCUCAAUGAAGCCCUUCGUCGAGUGGCUUUCGACGUCGAGGAUUGCUUCGCAGGACGUGUUGGGUGCGGUUUGUGCCACGCCACCACAUCUGGAAGGAGCUUCGCUGCUUCAAAUUGAAACCGAUUCGAUGAACUGCAACGGCAAUGGUGGUGAUAGGGAGAAGACUGACGAGAGCACGUUCAAGACAAUCGAGGUAAUGCUGAAGCUGAAGAAUAAUAUGUCCUACAUCAGAGAGAUCAGUUCGGAUGUGCAGCUUCGGGGCGUUAAUUUUACCGAUGAGAGCGACGUUUUUCUGCACUGGAGUAUGCACACGGACGAAUAUUCAUGUCGGUUUGUGUACGUGUUUCAUGAUGACGAUCCGGAGAAUAUUUUGUUUAACUCAGAGGUAUCCUGCAAUCAAUUACCAGAAGCGGCCAACGCUACGGAUUAUGUAUUUUUGACAAAACUGAUAGGAGCAUAUGAUCUCCAGAGCGAUCUAAGUUAUAAAUUUUGUCUCAUCAUGAAGGAAGACAUAUCUAAAGACGAAUACCUAGGAUCAUGCCAGGUGGCUGUACUUCCGACUCCCUACGUAAAUCGAUCGAAGACAAAAUCCAUUAAAAAGGAACUCAUCCCUGGUGCGGCCCCCACCACUAGGGAAAGUGAUAUCUCCGAUAUCAGCCGUAUCGUGGACAACGAGCAACGCAACGACGAACAGGAUGAUGACAAUAUGGACGUUGGAGGUGGUGCCGGUGAAUCCGACUCCUACUACGACGAGCUGCUGAUGACGCGCAUGGCAGACGAUCCCGAUCUGAUGAUCAACCGAAUGCGGCUAGAGGAGGAUGCCGCGGCAAGGUUGCCAUCGGUUGGAGUUAGUCGGAUAGUUCUUGAAGGGUUGGGAGCAUUCAUCAUGGUGACCACCGUGAUGGCAUUCAUAUGGGGUUUCAUACGGCUCAAAAGUGGACGGAGUAAUAUGCCAUCGAUGAGCACGUGUUACACGGUGGAUGAUCGAAGAGGUCCACUGCACGAGGUUGAGAGCAGAAAUAGGUAUUUUAAACUGCAAGCAACGACAAGUUUAUGAUAAUGAGAGAAUGAAUGUAAAUGAUAAAAGACGUUUAGUUUAAAAAACGAUUAAUUGGUCUCAAGAGAUUGAACUAUUUAUAUUCAAAAAAUUGUAAAAAAAACGUUUGUAAAUACAACAAUUCUUGGUUACGAGAUGAUAUAUUUAUGCAGUAAAAGAAAGAAAAAGUUAGUUCAAAAAAUUAAAUAAGGAUGUAUGAUCUGUGAAAGUAUACCUACUAACUUUUACUACCAUAGAGAUAUCGCAUGAUUUCAAAGAACAUUUAACGUGCCAUUACUGAAAAGGUUUCAUUUUUUUUGUGAAUAAAUCAUAAACCAUGAAUAUCA